AUGCGUCGAAGGCGGGGCCGAGAGCAAAGGGUCGAGGGUCGAGGGUCGAGGGUGAAGCCCCUGGGGUGCGUCAGGCUGUUUCAGAAGCGGUGGAGGCGUGUAGUCGCGGACGGAGACUGGGCUGUGAAUAGGGCACAGUGGAUGAUUCACCGGUGA